UGGUCCCUUCGGUAAAAUAAAAGUCUGGAAAACGUAAUUUCUGCCCAGUGCGCGUGCUCUGAUGUGACAUAAUGGAACGUGCGAGCCUAGAAAAGCUCGAGGCAGCGCGCGCGCUCACGCAGUACACUCAGAUCCUGCUCGAGAGCAGAGGACAGAGAGCGGAGUUCAGUCGCGUGUUGAGCGUAUUGAUUGAACACAAGAGAUUUCGCAUUCUUGCUUAUUUGUGUGAGGUUAUGGACGCAGUUCUGAGGCAGUGCUGAACAGUACGACUUGUCAUUUUGACUACGGAAAUAAUGAUGAAGAAGGACAUUAACUUGAGCCUGGCGGAUGACGCAGACCUCAAACCGCAUCUCCGCGACGCCGAGAGCAUCCUCAGCUCCCCGGACCUGGGGCUGCUCAAACUAGCCUCCCCGGAGCUCGAGAGGCUAAUCAUCCAGUCCAACGGAAUGGUCACCACGACUCCCACCAGCUCGCAGUUCCUCUACCCGAAGACGGUGACGGACGAGCAGGAGUUCGCCGAGGGCUUCGUGAAGGCGUUGGAGGACCUACACAAGCAGAAUCAGCUGAGCGGGGCCGGGCAGACGAACAGCGGCCUGGAUCUGGGCGCCAACAUCGCCCCGGUCACCGUCCAGCCGGAUCUACCGGUCUACACGAACUUGAACAGUUAUGGCAGCGGGCCGUUGGAAACCACUGUCAACUACUCCACGGACACAGUCCCUUUCCCGCCUCCUCCGCCGCAUCAUUUGGGGGCAGCCCCGCCACAGCCGGAGCUCUCUCGCGUCCCGCUGAAGGAGGAGCCUCAGACGGUCCCCGACGUCCAGAGCUUCGGGGAGAGCCCGCCUCUCUCUCCCAUUGACAUUGACUCACAGGAGCGCUUGAAAGCCGAGAGGAAGAGGCUCAGGAACCGGAUCGCAGCCUCCAAGUGUCGAAUGCGCAAACUGGAGCGGAUCUCCAGGCUGGAGGACAAGGUCAAGACGCUGAAAAGCCACAACACCGACCUGGCCUCCACAGCCAGCCUGCUACGGGAGCAAGUGGCCCAGCUGAAGCAGAAAGUCCUCACCCAUGUGAACAGCGGCUGCCAGCUGCUGCCACACGAAGUUCAAGUGCACUAGCCGGAGUGACAGAGCUGCAGUUGGGCUACUGACCAGCAUAUAAGCUCCUUGGACUUUGUUAAUGUUGGUUUUUCAGUAUGUAGCGUAGCCCAAAUGUGUGCCGUUCCUAAGAGGGGUGAAUGCAGGGCCACGUAGACCAAACUGUACAUUAAUAUUCGGCUAUUUAAGCGGCUAUCAGCAUCUGAAACAUAUAAACAUACCUGGUUGGACACAAUUGAAAAUACUGAUUGAUGAGACUUUUCCGCUCUAAUCGGCUAAUAUGGACAAGUUGCAUUUUUAUAUAGAAAAAUAAAUAAGAUAAAAGGGAUUUUGAGGAUCAACAUGGCAUCACUAUCGCCUCCCUCCAGUGGAGCGAAUAAUCGCCGAUUGGUUUAUUAGAUUUAUACCGAAAUAAAGAGUGGUUUGCAUUUAAUAUAUUCGAUGUGUAAAAUCCCGUCCUACAUCGUAUAUGUGUUUACUGGCGAACAGCAACGUUAAACUGCAGAUUUUUUAAAAGGAAUUUGGCCAUGAGAUUUCCCAGUGGAGGGAACGAUGCACUUAUUGGGGCUGUAUGCUCAACUUUAACGACAGAAGGCGCCGAUUUUUCCUGUAAAAAUGUUUACAGACUGACUAUAUACAGUCUCAAACCUGGACCAAACGAAUUUUCAAUAUUCCUACAUUACCCUGCACACUUAUGGCACAGGUUAACGUGUGAAUAUUUGGUUGUAAGAAAAAAAAAAUGCAAAAACUCAUGUUUCAUAUGAACGAUAUAAUAUGCUAUGGACUAUUUGCCAUACGUUUCUGUGGAGAACAAUUUGCAUGUUCUUGACAUACUCGAAUGUUGCCCACAGCUGGGUGUCAAAGGGUGCAAUUAAUCAGUGUUUAUUAUCCGUAACCCUUUACAGAUACCUGUGUUGGUCUAUUUUUUACUAUAUCGUGUCAUAAUUUCAGUGUGUUCUUGUUUUAUUGUGAGGAGUGGUAACAUUUUUGUUGCGUCGACUGUUGCUGUCACUCUCUAGCCUACAUUUGUUUGGCUUUUGCCGCUGUGUUCUGAAGUAAAUGCUGCUGGCAAUAAACACUGUUUAACAUGGACAUUCGUGCAAGGAUGCUUAUUGUCAAUAUGGCAUAAUACAACAAGACAACACGGGUUAUGUGAUGCCAACACAGAAUUAAUGCCGUAACUGACUGGACAUAAAGGCAAUAGAUGGAGGCUGAAUUAAUGAAGGCAGUGUUGUGUUGUGUAAUAAAUGAAUUUAGGAAGUG